UGCUCCACAAAUUGCAGUCACCAGUCAAGCAGUCACCUUCAAAUCUUCAAUCCAGAAGCCUCUCCGAGUCUUGAGUCUUGAGUCUAGAUCGAACACCACCCAGUUAGCACUCGUUGCUGUUUACCCCGCCAUCUUCCAUCUACCACCUGGUGCUCGAGUCGAGGGGGCUCACACAUAACAAUGGAUAUCCUCGUCUCUGCAAUCACAGGAGAUCUCGUCAGCAGGUUGGCAUCGUUCGUGAUCAGCAAGUACUUCCGGCAGCAGCCUGGCAUCGACAUGAUUCUCCAGAGGCUGCAGCGCGUCGUUCAGAGAAUGGACACCGUCGUCGAGGAGGCUGAUGGGCGGCGCAUCACCAACCAGGGGAUGCUCCGUCAGCUCAAGACACUGAGGCAAGGAAUGUACACAGGCCACUACAUUCUUGACGCCUUGAGAUUCCAAGCUGCCCAUGAAGUCGAGGUGGAGGUGAGCCACUCACUGACUUCUGCUCUGCUGUCUGAAUCCAGUAGUCUGGCCAAACGGCUUCGAUUCUCCGGUGGUGCCGGUGGCGGUGGUAGCAGCAGCAACAGAGAAGCAGCAGCAGCCUUAAUGUUUGGUGCAAACAACAGCAUACGAGAAGAGCUGCACCGGUUGGUUUCUUCUCUUGAAGACACCAUGGAUGCAGGUAUGAAGGAGUUUCUUUUCUUCUUGGAGACGUAUCCUCCGGUACUGCGACAACCAUACGCCGCAUAUUUGCUCUUGGAGAACUGCAUGUUUGGUCGCCAAACUGAACGGGAACAGGUCCUGGAUUUCUUGCUCCAUCCUGCUGCUACUCCGAUCUUGGCUGUACUUCCGAUCGUUGGUCCACUACGAUCAGGCAAAACCACUCUUGUUGAGCACGUCUGUAGGGAUGAUAAUGUGCGCAGUCACUUCUCGAUGAUCCUCUUCUUUCCAGAAGGCAGCCUCGAGGAUGAACGAGUGAUCGACUUGAGAGGGAGCGGCAACUUCAAAGUCAGACAUCAGAAUCACUACACUCAAUCUCACAGCAGGUUUCUCGUCAUUGUCGAAACCUCCAAGGACAUCAACGAGAGAUCAUGGAGAAGUCUGAAAUCUUGCGUCACCCGCAUGGCACCGUGCGGUGGGAGUAAAAUUAUAGUCACCAGUCGGUCAGAAAGAAUAGUGGAUCUGGGAACGACGGAAGCGCUUCGAUUGGGCCGUGUCCCUCGAGAAGCCUAUUGGUAUUUCUUCAAGUCGCUCGCGUUCGGAAGCAUGGAUCCUGAUGAGCACCCAAGCAUGGCGGUGAUGGCCAUGGAGAUCGCUUCGGAGCAUAGACAGUGUCUGAUGGGUGGGCAUAUGGUUGCCAGGUUACUGCGAGAUAACUUCAGUCCCAGCUUCUGGCGUGCAGUCCUUGGGAGCGUGAGAGCAUAUAGAAACGCACAUCACCUUAUGUGCGAAGAUGGACAGCGGUAUUAUUGGAGGUUGGGGAGGAGCUGCGAAUAUUUCUUGAUAUCCAGCCAUUACCAGUCAGACUCGAGUGAGCAAGUCCCCAAGAUCAGUGUCCAGGAAAUCAUCUUGGGACGUGGUGGUGCAUUGCCCAAAGGGAAAUUUGAGGCGCUCGCAUGGAGGUCUUGCAUACCGCCCUACUACAAUUACACGGUAAGCUGUAUGAUGUCAGCCCCGCAACCUACGGCGGGAACGAAAAGGAAAGAAGUGUGUGCUGCAGGAGAAAGGACACUUGGUUUGAGCUUGUGAUUUGUGACGGCAUAGUCUUGCGAAUUACGAAAUUUUAUCAUAUUACAGUGUAUAAUGUCUUAGAGCAAUACGUGUAGCCAAGUUAGUAAACAUAGAUGGCCAUCAACAUCUAGGUGUGGAGUCAUGUCCUCGACUCCUAUAUGAGUACGAUGUGUUUGGCCAAGUAUAAGUCAAAGAGAUGUUUGGGCUGCCUGUUGUUUUUUAAUAUCGAGACCAAGACAAGUUGUAUUAGCAAUAUGAGUAUAUAUUCUGUUGAUUGAUGUGGAUUA